AUGCUUCUGUAUUUAAACAUUCUGGUGCUGGUCCUCCUGCAGCUUGCUUUAUCAAGCUCAAUGAUGCUGACCACACCGUCCAGAGGAUGUCUCACUUGUAAACUAAAGUCCACACAGAGUCAGCUGGCUGUAGAUUCAAAUUCCACCGCUCCGGCCAUUGGAGAACCAUGUGGGGUCUACACUCUGGGCUGCGCCCAGGGUCUACGUUGUACACCUUCACAGGAUGAGCCACGGCCCCUCCGUGCCCUUCUGGAUGGCAGGGGAGUCUGCAGUAAUGCCAGCAGCGUCAACCCGACUGAAAAUGUCCAGACUGUAGAACUAACUACUACUCAGGAUCCAGAUGAGGCUCCAUGUCGUAAACUGCUGACUUCACUUAUCAAAGGUCUUGAUGCCCAUCUAUUUAAGUCACAUCAUGAUAUCUACAUGCCCAACUGUGACAAGCGUGGUUUCUUCAGAAAGAAGCAGUGUUGGUCAUCUCGAGGCAAGCGGCACGGCAAGUGCUGGUGUGUGAAUCAGAACGGCAUGCCGGUCUCCUCAAACACUAAACACAAGGGUGGCCGGAGUUGUUCAAAUGCAUGA